AUGGCGUGGCACACUUGGUCCAGCGGCGGCUGGGGCAGCCGUGGCUGGGGCGGCUGGGACGGCUGGGGCUGGGGCAGCGGUGGCUGGGACGGCUGGGGCUGGGACAGCGGUGGCUGGCCUAGCAACACCAGCGGAGGUGACCACCAUGGGCAGCGCGAGUCUCAGGGUGGUGGUACCCCUGAGACGCGCACAACGGAGUGGACGAGCGAUUAUCCCCCAGAGCAGUAUGUGUUUUCUUCGUGGCCUGUGGCCAUGGCGGCUUACCCGCCACAACCGUGCUGGCGGAACUUGCGUCAGGUUAUUGAAGAAGAUUUCGGCUGUCGCGUGAAGCUGAGAGUCAUGCGGCACGGGCGCCAAAACGUCACAGUCAAAGGCGCCAAAGCCUGGGAAGCCUUCCGAUUCUUGUGGCAAGAAUCCAAAAAAAUGCUGCCCGACGCUGAUUGGGCCGGGGUCAAGCCUCCGGCCGUCAAGGACCGCGAUGCUCCGGUCCCGGCGGGAGCGAUGCCUCAGUCUGCUGCUGGCGCCGCGAGCCAGGGCAGGGCAAGCGAUGAGGAGCCUGCUGGUGGUACCGCAGGUGAGGAAGACAAUGAUGUCGAGGAGGAAGAGCCUGACUGGUCGCCUUCGGACGACGAGGACACGGACGAUGACAAGCCAGCAAGCGAGGAGGCAGGCGAGCAGCGAGCCAAAAAGAGCCGACAAGAAAGCCCGCGUGCCUCGGGGAGUUCUGCCCCGCUCAAGCUGGUGGAGGUGAAACAGUUCUUUGACGAGGAGACGCUGGACGACGACCCAGAGCUAGAUGCAAGGGCAGCUGCUGGCGUGACCACUGACGAGCACGCCUGGCGAGAGCAACUCUCCAAGAACCAGCUGAAGACCUACCGCGUGAGCUUCUGCACGACGUGCAUGGAGAGAGGUUUCCAGCUGCGCAGCGCGUUGGCAAUGAACGUUGCCACGCAAUGGAGUCUGCUGAUGUCAGGCAGCGUCCGGUUCGUGAUCAUCAUUUUCAACUCCAACACGGAGGAUGGUCAGAAGACGUUGACGUUCAUCCAGCAUUUCUACGAGGACUUGAUCGGCUGGGGAUGUUUGGUCCUGGCCACCAUGGACGGCAUUGACGGUUUCCAUUCCUGCAAGUGCAAGAAUGCCGCGCACAAGCUGGCAUUGAGCACGCCCUGGCCGGCAAGAGCACCAGGCCAAACAGCGGGUGGGGACCGUGGUGGUACCCGUCCCCACCUGCUGGUGAACCUUGACGCCGACAACGUGGUGCCCUGCACGUUCCUCCCAGAUGUGGAGUGCCGGGCGCCGGAGGGAGUGGAGCCGACCGGCUUUUGGGGAUUUCGAGCCCAAGGACAUGAUUCAGGAGUCACAGGGCGGGUGGGUUGCACAGAGCGUUGUUUCAUCAUGUCCGGCGGCUACGAUGAAAGCCUGUUGCCUACAGGCUAUCAGGAUAUCGAUUUCUCCAAGCGGAUAGAGAAGAUGGGGGUCUUCAUCUACUUCCGCUUCGCCGUGGUCGACGCCGGCCACAGCUUGCCGAACGAUGCAGAUGAGAAGGUGGCAAGAGGUCAAGCCAAAGUGCAGAACGUCGCGGAGCAGUAUCAAGGAACGAGGUGGGGCCAGAUGAACAACAGGAACCAGGCCCGGAGCGAGGAGAAGCUGAGCAGGUCGAUUUGGUGGCGAAACUGUCCAGAGGACAAGCCGCCAAGCGAGGCAGAAGCUCAGGAUGUCAUGGCGCAGAUUGGUUUUGGCCGGCGACCGAACAUGAUCCUCGCACGAUGGCAGCAAGCAGGCCGGGAAGAGCCCCCUGUGGUGGUACCCGGGGGUACAGAGCCCCCCAGAAGCUUGAGAACGCAGCGACCUCCGAAGUACAAUCCGAUUCGCAUCCUGACUUUCGGGGCCCGCAACCUGCUGCACACGCUGCCACAGGCGCUUAGCAUCGGGAGGAUGAGAGGUUGGUGCAAGAACUUGCUCUGGAACAUGAAGCAAAAGGCGAAGAACUACGAAGAGAUCAGCCACAACGAUUUGGAAACCGUGCUGCGCGAGUGCUUCGGCCUGGGCAGGUUCGACAGGGUGCUCUGCGUGGACGCGCGGCCGCUGGGAGAAGACCUCCCAGGCAAGGUCCGCGGAACCAAUGCCAACGAUCACGUGGGCACCUUUCCGCUGACUAUGGAGAAGUUGACGCGGUCGGCCAAGUUCAAUGAGACGCUAGGUUCUUUGCACAACUGGCUGAACGAAAACGCUGUGUUGAACAUGCACAUGGGCAAUUUCGUUAUCGCGGUGUACUGCCGGAACGGCAACCAUCGCUCAGUUUGCUUGGGCGCGGCCUUGCACUAUGCGUUGGUAGCGACACCGGAUCAGGUGAUGGCUCCUCCGGCAGUCACAAAUAUCACAGAGUGGGCGGGGGACUGGGCAAGGCACAAGUGUGGCCCAUGCAGUCGCUGCCAAAAUGCUGGCUUGUCCCAGGACGACCAAAGGGCUCUGGGCCGGUCGCGCUGCAGAAUCCUUGAUGUUUGGGAGGGGCGCGUGUAA